CACGAAUAUACAAACUACAGCCAAGAGCAUUCACUAACCAACGCGCGUCAUCGAGACAAUCGAACAUCAUGACUUCAGCGAAAGACCUCAAGAUGAUUGACCUGCACAUCGCAUCUCUUGUCGUUGAAUCCUUGAAGAAUCCCAAAAAUGCUCCAGCCUGCAUUCCCGUUCUUUCUGACGGCAUGGCGUUCAUCAAAUCGGGCGAUACUUGGGAAGGGCACCUUCGGUCGAAAUUCAAAAACCUCCUAGACCUUGCGCUCAAGUUCAUCAGUACGCCAUUCACUGACGAACAGAUCGACGAGAUGGAAAAGAACCUGUGGGUAUGCAAGUGCGACAUGCGCGACUACGUCCCAAAGCGCUUCCACGAACAGCCUAUGAGGCAUCGUUCCGGCGUCGUCGACCACAGCUUCCCGCGCGUUACUAUGAGCCUCGCGAGCGCAGUCUGUCAGGCUCUUGAGGACGUGACACCAGCCUCCCUCGACAAAGCCGGCGCUCGUGGCAAAUGGCCGCCGUCGACGGCCUACCUCCUCCCCAACGGCCCGUUCAAGGUCAUCGAGGCCUGCCUGCAGUGGCUCAAGUACACCGAGAAAACCUUCAAAACGCAGACAUUUCCGAUCGCCUUCCUCACGAACCUUAUGAAGUUCUGCCCUUCGCUUCGUCGCCCAGUCGCUGAAAGCGCGGAGCUGCGCGUCUACCUCGCCAAGCGCUUUCACGACACGUUGAUCUCGCUCGAGACCGGCUAUAAUCCUCCCCUCAUGUUUCCUAUCCCGAUCCACAGCAUGCGUCAUCUGGGCCAGUUCUGCGACGCGGUCCGCGACGGAUGUGAGGAUUGGAAUGACUGGCUCGCGCCGAUCGCGCCGGAGCUGUACAAGGACAUCGGCCGCUUCCUGCAGGUGCUUCCGCGCCUCGACAUCGACGACGAUGAGCGCGAGGAUCAUCUGCGCGUUUAUGGAAACAUCGAGCGCUCCGUCUGGGAGGCGCUUCCCGAGGCGACGCGCCCCCAUCGCGACUGGCCCUCCCUCGACGACGCCCUCGCAGACCUCAUGCGCCCGCACUGCCUGCUCUUCAAGAAGCUCGCGGACCUGCAGGAGCGCCGCGAAUGCUUGAGCCCGAUCUGCUUCCGGCCCGCGGAGUACCAACCCGCGGGGAUGCGCGUCUGCGCAUGCCGCGUCGCCGCGUACUGCUCGCGAAACUGCCAGCGCGAGCACUGGCGGUGGAAGAAGGCGCCGCACAAGGAUACGUGCGCGGACAUCAAGCAGGCGUAUGAGGUCUUCAAGGAGGUGCCGAAGGAAUUCCGGCAUGGCCUGAGCGAAGAUGGAUACCAGAUCUUCAGGAAGGGAUUGGAAGGUGUUGGGUACACGGAGGAACAAGGCGGGGAGGUCUUCGUAGCGCUGGAGGAGUUGGAGCACGCUCGAGAGGCCUUACAGCAGAAGAAGUCCGUCGUCGUCCGACGCUGACCCAUACGAUAUUCAAGCUCAUCUACUGUGUGAUUUUCUUGUACUGAUACGUGUUGAUCGACGCAUAUGAUCCAAUCUACUCGUGGGCACGGGCUUCGUGCAAAGCACCAGGCGCACCCUCUCAGGUCUCUUGCUCUCCAAAUGUCUACGUGCUACGAAGAGCCUCUAUCGAAGUGUCUGGACACGCUCGUUAACCACAUUGACUGG